AUGAAAGGCUACUAUGGGCGUCCUGAAGCUACCGCUGAGGCUGUGAACUCUGGCGGCUGGUACCGUACAGGUGAUUUCGGCUACUACGACACUGAAGGACGGAUUCAUGUCAUCGAGAGAAUGAAAGAAAUGAUAAAAUGCAUGGACAAUGUGGUUGCCCCUGCUGAGCUGGAAGAUAUUUUAUUGACCCAUAAGUCUGUCGCAGAGGCCACAGUUGUGGGUAUUCCGAAUUCAAAGUAUGGCGAGGCUCCAACAGCUUGUGUCGUUCUUAAAGAUUGCUUCAAGGGAAACCUCGAGAGCCUGGCGACAGAAUUGAAGGAGCUCAUAGCAGGACAAGCAGCAGUCUUCAAGCAUCUGUACGGAGGAGUUGUUUUUCUGAAAUACCUUCCCAAGUUUGAUAACGGAAAGGUUCGGAGACAAGAACUCAAGACGAAGGUCCCUCAUGAAAAGGAAAUGUGGAAAUAA